ACCUUAAAGAUGGAGCCAGUGGGAGCAGGUGGGAUUGCCAUUGUGAAAAAAUUAACGAGUUAAACUAAAGCUUUACCAAUGAAAUAAGCUACUAAUUGAAGUAUGGUAUGCUUUGGUGUUCCGGUUGCUUAGUAUAAAUUCAUGAGCAGUAUCACUAAAUCAGAUACAAGCACGCUUCAAGCUUCCAAGAGCAUCACACAUAACUAAGGGAAAAUGAAGGCAGCAACAGUAGCAGCAGGACCAGAACUACUCGAGGGUAGCGAAGCCCACAAACCAAUCCCAAAAGUGAGGGUGAGCAGAGUGCUCUCUGUUAUCGAUUUCAUUCUGCGAGUAGUUGCAGCCGUCGGAACACUAGCAAGUGCCAUAGCCAUGGGAACCAGCAGGCAAACACUUCCCUUUGUCACACGGUUUGUUCGAUUCAAGGCUAAUUACAAGGAUCUUCCCACGUUCACGUUCUUUGUGAUUGUCAAUUCAAUUGUAUGUGUCUACCUUGUGCUUUCACUUCCGGUGUCUAUUGUCCACAUAAUCUGGACUGGAGCAGUGAAAAGUAGGAUCACCUUGGUCAUCUUAGACACGGCAAUGCUGGGUCUUUUAACUGCUGGUGCAUCCUCAGCAACAGCAAUAGUGGCCAUGGCACACUAUGGCAGCACCCUUGCCAAUUGGUUUCCAUUCUGCCGCCAAUUCAACAACUUCUGUCAGCGCAUUUCAGGCUCUCUGAUCGGCUCGUUCGUCGCCAUUGUUGUGAUCAUACUGCUAAUCAUCUUGUCCUCUGUCGCAAUCUCUCGCCGCUAGCUGGUCAUGUGUGGCAAGAAACUGAUACAUUGUGAUGGACUAAUUAAUGUCAUCUUUUCAUGGGGAUAAUAGGGUUUGUGAGGGAGUGAUUUAAAAAUUUGCCUAGUUAUCACAUACAGAACAAUCUUUCAUUUACACAGCUUCGAGUUGCCUUUCUGUAUCUUCAAUCUGCAAUAUAUUACAUUUUCUUGUGCCA